AAAUAGAAGUAUCAUCAUUAGAUGAUAUUCUUGCAGAUGUUCAUCAUUAUGUUGAAAAAUUAAUCAGUAAUAAAAGGAUCAUGUAUUUAGAUUAUUUGGUUAUAUUUAAACCAGAAAAAGUUGUAGGAUCUGAAGCACAGUUGGUAGAUAUGCAAGACUACAAGAAGUUUCUUUUGGAUUAUAAGAAAUUAUCAGAUGGAAA